UGUAUAUCUUAACUUUUUGCAGAGCAUUGCAGAGGUGUUCCGAUGUUUCAUUUGUAUGGAAAAAUUGCGUGAUGCACGUCUGUGUCCACAUUGCUCCAAGCUGUGUUGUUUCAGUUGCAUUCGGCGUUGGCUGACUGAACAAAGAGCACAGUGCCCUCACUGUCGAGCCCCACUACAGCUACGGGAACUUGUAAACUGUCGUUGGGCAGAAGAGGUUACUCAACAGCUUGACACACUUCAGCUAUGCAAUCUCAAUAAGCACGAAGAAAAUGAAAAAGACAAGUGCGAAAACCAUCAUGAAAAACUCAGUGUAUUCUGCUGGACAUGUAAGAAAUGUAUCUGCCACCAGUGUGCUCUCUGGGGAGGAAUGCAUGGAGGACAUACUUUUAAGCCACUAGCUGAAAUUUAUGAGCAACACGUCACAAAAGUGAAUGAGGAAGUAGCAAAACUUCGAAGGAGACUCAUGGAGCUGAUCAGUCUAGUGCAAGAAGUGGAGAGGAAUGUAGAGGCAGUGCGCAGUGCAAAGGAUGAACGAGUUCGGGAAAUCAGGAAUGCAGUGGAGAUGAUGAUUGCCCGAUUAGACACUCAACUGAAGAACAAGCUGAUAACACUAAUGGGUCAAAAGACAUCACUCACCCAAGAAACUGAACUUUUGGAGUCCCUGCUGCAGGAAGUAGAACAUCAGCUGCGGUCAUGCAGUAAGAGUGAGCUGAUAUCUAAAAGCUCGGAGAUUCUGAUGAUGUUUCAGCAGGUUCACCGGAAGCCUAUGGCAUCCUUUGUCACUACUCCUGUCCCUCCAGACUUCACAAGUGAAUUAGUACCAGCCUAUGACUCAACUACCUUUGUCUUGGAAAACUUCAGCACUUUGCGUCAGCGGGCAGAUCCUGUGUACAGUCCACCUCUUCAAGUGUCAGGGCUUUGCUGGCGACUAAAGGUUUAUCCAGAUGGAAAUGGAGUCGUGCGUGGUUACUACUUAUCUGUGUUCCUAGAGCUCUCAGCUGGAUUGCCAGAAACGUCCAAGUAUGAGUACCGCGUGGAGAUGGUUCACCAGUCCACCAAUGAUCCUGCUAAAAAUAUAAUUCGAGAGUUUGCCUCUGACUUUGAAGUUGGAGAAUGCUGGGGUUAUAACAGAUUCUUUCGAUUAGAUUUGCUUGCCAAUGAAGGAUAUUUGAACAGACAAAAUGACACUGUAAUUCUUAGAUUCCAGGUGCGUUCACCUACCUUCUUCCAAAAGUGUCGGGACCAGCACUGGUAUAUUACUCAGUUGGAAGUUGCUCAGACAAGUUACAUCCAACAAAUAAACAACCUUAAAGAGAGACUGGCAAUUGAGCUUUCCCGUACUCAAAAAUCACGAGGCAUGUCACCUCCAGACACUCAUCUUAGCCCCCAGAAUGAUGAUGGCCCAGAAACAAGACCAAAAAAAUCUGGAUCAAAUCCUGAAGGAUUAUUUGUGGAUGUUGCCACUCCAGCAUUAGUGAGAGAUGCCAAGGAUGAGGAAGAGGAGAAAAUCCAGCAUGAAGAUUUUAAUUAUGAGCUCUCGGAUGGUGAUCUGGAUGUAGACCUUACUGGAGAAGAUGAGGUAAACCACCUGGAUGGCAGCAGCUCCUCUGCUAGUUCAACAGCCACUAGUAACACUGAAGAGAAUGAUAUUGAUGAAGAGACCAUGUCUGGAGAAAAUGAUGUUGAAUAUAAUAAUAAUAAUAAUAUGGAGCUAGAAGAAGGAGAUCUCCAGGAAGAUGCUGCUGCUGCUGGGGGAGCAUCAGGUAGUAGCCAUGGUUAUGCCAAUGCAAGUGGCAGAUCUUCAAGGCGGAGUGGAAGUACUUUAGGCUCAGCAGCCAGCAGCAGUUUACUAGACAUAGAUCCCUUAAUUUUAAUCCAUUUACUGGAUCUAAAAGACAGGAAUGGGGUGGAAAAUCUGUGGGGUCUACAGCCACGUCCUCCUGCCUCACUUCUGCAGAACAGAGCAUCAUCCUACUCUCUAAAAGACCGAGACCAGCGGAGGCACCAGGCAAUGUGGCGUGUGCCACCUGACUUAAAGAUGCUGAAGAGACUUAAAACUCAGAUGGCUGAAGUUCGAAGCAAAAUGUCCGAUGUAAAAAAUCAGCUGUCAGAAGUAAGAGGCAGCAACGCUGGCUCUUGUGAGGGGCAACCCAGCUUCCUCCCUAGUGACCAAGGGGCUUUGGCUGCCUGUGGAACAGAAAGCUGCAGCAAGUUACAAGAAAUAGGAAUGGAGUUGCUGACAAAAUCAUCAAUUACAAGCUGUUACAUAAAGAGUUUCACAAAUAAGAAGAGCAACUCACCCAAAGCUACUCGCUCUGGAGCAGCAGGAAGCUUGUCUCUUCGAAGAGCAAUGGACUGCGGGGACAGUAAUCUUUGCGCAAAGGGAGAUGGUCAGACUUCCUCUGAAGGCGGCAUCGGAAACUCUAAGUCUGGCAAUAGGCAUGGCUCUCCCAGACCCCUGACUAACACUAAUGCUCCUGAGGCAUUGCCUAAGCCAGAGGAAAGAGAGUGUGAAGGCUCAGAUUCUGAUGCGGGCAUUUCUGCUGUUAAUGGCUUAACUACUGCGGAGAAGACAAGAAAAGCUGUCUCUCAGGGGUCAAAUUCUAAAGGAUGUCGUACAGAAGGAUCACAACUAACUGAUCUAGAGAACAGCUCAGAAACUGGGGAACUACAGGCUAUUCUCUCUGAAGGCACCUCAGCAGGACAAGAGGAAGGUGGGCUGUGUCAGAAGCACGUCCUUCACCUCCUGCCGGGCAUGAGCAGUGAAAGUGACAUUGAAUGCGAUACAGAAAAUGAAGAGCAGGAGGAUGCCAUAUCCACCUCAGAUGUGUUUAAUCAUGCCUUCGAUGUCCAGCCCUCAAGUGAAGUUCUAGAGCUGUGUUCAGUAUUUUCUGAAGGUGAUCAUAUAGGCCCUGAAGACCUCAACUUCGGUAACGGAGAGGAAAACACAAGGUAGAGCCAGGUUUGUUGACUGCAGAAGACUUUGAAGAGUUGGAUUAACACUAGCCUGCUUGUGUCCCUGAGAAGAGGCACACUUCAUAAUGCUGAUUUAGUCCAUCUAUUUUUCUGGUAGGAUGUGCACGCACUCCAUUGUGCUGAAUAUAAAAUAUUAUGUGGCUCUUCCAUGGCUUUCAAAAACCUGUCAAUAGGGCAAGUUGCCCUAUGAAGAACCUUAGCAAGACUGUAUUCUUCAUGGCUUUGGCAGGUUCAAAUGCAGAUUCUGAACAAAAGUGCUAGGUCCUUGUUCUCAUUUGUCUCAUUAUACGAUUGAUAUAGCAGAGAAGGUGGAAGAAUAUCUUUCCCUUUUUAUGAAUAAUGGUAUGAAAGUGAUGUUUUGUAUAGCAAUAAGCUAUUUAGUUAGGGUAAGUGGCCUGCACAAGAGUUAGUUUGUAUUUUCCUUCAGUCUCUAAUUUGGACCAACUGAGAAGAUUGGUUGUUGCCAAACUUUUUACCACUGUGCAUUGCAUUUGAGCAGCUAAAAUGUUGUGUGAAGCUACAAUGAAAGCUGAGUAACUGGCAGGUGAAAGCAUGAAUAAGUGUAUAAAUGUUGUCUCAUCUGACUCUACUUGCUGAAACAUUCAUUUUGUAUGUGAUCUUCCCCAGUGUUUGAGUGCAUACAAAUCAUAAUUUAGUUUAAAACUGUUUGCACUUUUUGUUAAUAAAAUGAACAUUUGAAAUACCGUGUGAGAUUAUUUUGUAGGGGCAGAUAUAAUUGCAGAUGCCAGUGCAAGAGAAAUAUGCCUGUGUUAAGUUCGUGUUCAGGCGUGGUUGGUUUUUUUAAACCUACAUCCUCCUGGUGCUGAACCAAUAUGUCCAGGCCAUGCUAUGCUCCAGAUAAAAUGCCAUGUGAUUUUCACAACCAACAGUCCUUAGACACGCCAUGAAUCAAAUACCCACCCUCCAUUCCUUAAAUUCCACUUUUCAGGCUGUGCUGUAAUCAUUUUCUUGAGCUUUACUUUAGUGUAUUAUCAGUUGUGUAUCCGUGUUCUAGGCUGGCUUAAAUACAAUACACAGAUAAUAGACUGUAUGAUAUGGAGAGAAGCAUUCUGUUGAAUGUUAGCCUUAGUUCAGAGGUGGGCAAUAAUUUGAUAAAUGGUCAAGGGCUGCAUUUUUAUAUGGAGGAGACACGGGUUGUGGGAUGGAGGCUGGGCACAGAAGGGAACUUGGGCUAGGGAAUGAAGGUGCAGGAGAGUAUUCUGCCUCAUGGGAGGGAUGUAGGAGCAGGUGCAGGGUUUGGUGGCCUGGAACAGAGAUUUGGGGUGCAGGAGGAGAUGGGGUCCCAGGGACAGGCUGUGGCUAGAAGGUGAUUACCUAGGUGGCUCCUGGCCAGCAGCCCAGUGGGACCCUCAGGCAGGCUCUCUGCCUGCCAGCAGCCCCAUACCACUCAAAUUAGCUGACUGCUUCAUGUGGCUCUCUGCUGCCAUGUGCUAAGAGUGAAAGGGUGAGGGAGGAGGCUUCUGGCCAAUAGGAGCUAAGAGACUGUGCUGGGGAUAGAGGCAGUACAUAAAGCCUCCUCCCUUCCACUCCAUCCCCACCCUGCGUGGUACAGGAAGCCACAAGAAGCAGCCAGCCACUCUGAGGGGUGUGCAACUACUCCAUGCCUGAGGAUCAUGGCAGGGCAAGCCACGGCCAGAUUAAAAAACUUAGAUCCAGCCCAUGGGCCAUAUCUUGUCUGUCCCUGCCUUAGCGUAAGUGCUUUUAAAUUCAUGUUACGGUGUAUUUGAUUUAUCUCUUUCACUGGUUUUGCUGUAAAUUGCUUCCCAUCCUAGCGUGCUCCAAGCGGAUUAAGGCACGUGAGAGUGGAGGUGAUAAAGUGUCUCAGGUAGGUCUUCAGUUAUUCCAGUAUUUCAGAAGCCCAUAAACUUUGUUCUCUGUGUUCUACUAAUGUCAGUUUUCUCCUAGUUUAACAGCUAUUGUGUUGCUGCUUUUAUGGAUCCAAACCAUUGGAUCUGUAUUCCUGUGCUUAUGUGUCAAAGAGCUGAAGCCCUUGUGAACAUCUCCCAAGUCCUGAACCCCUUUUCCUGCUUGAUAAUUUAGAAAUGAGAAGCAGCCGAUUAUUAUAAAAUAUAGCAUUUAGGGCAACCUUUCGACUAGAUUCUAGAAGAUCUUUGAGAAAGGAGUCCUGGGGAGCAAAGUGUAUAGUAUUCUGAAAUUAAUUCAAUAGCAUAGAGUGUGAGGGACUGCUGGUGUGUAUUAGUUGAAGUGUGAUGACAGCUUAGGAAAGAAAUCCUCCAACAGCUAAUGUACCAAUCUCAGCAACUGCUGCCAGGUCUGGAGGCCAUUACAGAAGCACCCCACUGUCCCUCAACAGCCAAAGUUCUGAGAAUUUUUUAUACUGCUGCUUCAAGGACUAAGUAACACUAACAGCAAUGUUUAAAAAUGCAAGCUUGAAGUAGACAACUGUUAUGCUUCUAUUAAUGGGCUAUUGCUGAAAAUGGCACAAACAGUUAAAACUAACACUCAUUCCAGUCUUCAUUAUGACAGAGAAGGGAACAUCCAAUUGUAGCUCCCCAUGACAUGUAAGAAGAUACCACUUGGAGCUACAACCUGCUCCUAAUUUUGCUUAAAUUGUAGCACACUGGUCAUGUGACUCUGCUAGCUUGUCUGUAUGGCACUCAGAUGCGUUAGUGGUAGGUAAAGUAGUUUAGGAUUCAAAUUGAUGGCCUCGAUUUAGGGUUAAACAGUAAAAUCCUACUAGAUUACUGUACAGAAGCAUCUUAGCACAAGUGAGUUUGCUAUUGAAUUUGCCUUUAAAUAAAUAAACCAUUGAAAAAUGUUUUAAAUUGUUUUAUUAAUAUAUUGAUGAAAUUUCAACAUAGUCCUUAUCUGUAAACACAAAUAAAAUAUGGAUGACUAUUACAUAGAUUACAACUGACCUCAUGAGCUGUAGAACAAGGUUGAAAUGGAAAUAUCCCAACACUGUAGCAUAAAAAUGGUUUAACUUACUCACUUCAUAAAGAACAUUAGAACACAAGUAUCAUUUAACAGAAGCACCCAGUGUAGGAGCUGACAACACACUUGGGCUAUGUCUACACUCGCAGCUUCUUACGCAAGGGUUCUUGUGCAAGAAAAAGUCCACACUGCCAUGUGUGCGCUGUGCUUUUGCACAAGAGCUCCCAUGGCAGUGUGGACGCUCUCUUGUGCAAGAAAGCCCCGACGGCCAUUUUAGCCAUAGGGCUUUCUUGCGCAAGAAAUCCCUGCCGAGCGUCCACACUGCCCUCUUGCGCAAGAGCUCCUGUGCAAGAGGGGUUACACUAGUUAAAAAAGAGUGUAGCUCUUGCACAAGAAGCCCUCUCUUAUGACGCUAUACUGUAAAUUUCCUUGCACAAGAGCGGGCGGGCAGUGUAGACACUCUGCGUAUUCUUGCGCAAGAAGCCGCAAGUGUAGACAUAGCCUUGGAGUUCUAAAACCAAGUUACUACUUUGAGAAGGCAGGAUAAAUCUCUGCCCAUCUUCCGUAUUCCUGUUUACCUUCAAAUUAGGAGAAAUUGAAAGAAAUGCCUCAAAGAAAGAUGCAAGUAAAACAAGAAAAAUGCAAUCAUCGUGUAAAUACUUGGAUGCAAUCAUUGUAGGGGAAUUUUCUCUGAUUUAAGUUUUAAUGCUGGCAGCUACAGUGCUUUAAGCCUGAUUAACAAUGACUGGAAAAGGACAUGAACAUUUAUGUUAGAGGUUGUAUUUAUGUUUCACUAUUUAUUGCAUGCUGGAAAGGUAGAACAUUUUAUUUGCUGUUGCAGAGUUAUGAUCCAAAGAAAGAUUGUCCUAAAUUAUAGGCAUGAACAAAGCUGUAGUAUCCCCUUUAAUGGCUUUUUCUUUGUGACUAGUGUUGAAUGAGUGAAUACACGGUGCUAAAACCACCACUAAUUUAGAUCAAUCUUUCUCAGUGCUACAGCAGGACACCGCUAGAGUAGGAAUUACUAGGUGGCAAGGUAGAAUAGUUUAGUGAAUUUGAACUACAGCAGUCAUAUCUGUAAACACUGAAUUUCUUGUGUCUCAUGUUUCUCUGUCCAUAACACAAUGCAUUUUUCACUGACAGUGUUCCAAAAAUGGAGCAGUUUCUCACAAAAUACCACUAUAAAUGUGGUAUAAGUUAAAAUCUGCUUUGACAUUGUCCUUAAAUGUUGUACUGCAAACUAAACUAAAUAGUGAAUUUAUUUUAACUUGCAAAGGACAAUAGAUGGCACUUUUAGGUAAAUAAAAGUUAUUUACAUGUUUCCACCCACCUUUAGUGCAAAUUGAAAUGGGUUAACAGCUCCCUGGUCUGGUGCUAUACUGCUCUCUGCAACAGCAGACAUUCCUCAGAGUUGCACAUUUAAAAAGUGUACACUGGAAACUAUUAGAGGAGGGAUUACAUGAAUCCCUUUAAAACUCACAGUGAAUAGCAUACCAGUGAGUUCUGAACAGCCUCAGACAAAAAGCCUGAAGUCCAUUUCUCAAAACCAACACAAUUAUUUUUUAUAUUCACUACCUACCUUUUGUUUCCUGCAAAGGAUGUUUAAUAGGUAAACUGAAACUGAUGAGAUUGUGUUAACUUGAAAAAGGGAUACUUCAGCUCUUUAUUGGAAAGGUUAUACAAAUGUCACCACUAAGAUACACAAUAAAAUUACAAAACACACAUCACAGACAAUCUUAGAAUUAACAGUUAAUAAAUACAUUAUAUAGAUACUUUUAUAUUUCUUUCUCUUUUUACAUUAUCACCAGAUAGACGAUCAAAGUACAAGAUACGGAACAUUUAAAUACUAUUAAUUAGAGGGGAACUUAUUGCUUACGUUAGCAAGCAGCAAAUAAGGGCACAGGAUUUUGAACUGAAGAGAACUACUUCCUAUUCACUAGUGGCAUUAAGAGAAAACAUUGCAUUUCACAAAGCACUGCUUUUUUGUCUAGUGUGUAGAAUCAAGAGCAGCAUAUAUCAGACCAAUAACCACUACUUUUAUAUGUAUUAUAGCAUUUUAAAAGACUUACCUUACAAAUGGUUCCUAUCUACUCUAAAUGUAUAUAGUGAAGAAAUGAACACUUGCUAUAUUUAUACAAUAUUUGCACCGGACCACACAGGAACUAUGAUGGCAAUUUCCCUCCUAAAUGGUCUGAGAAGCAGAAAUGAUCAUUUAUGAACACACACCUAAAGAACUACACCCUUGACAAGAGAGCAUACACUCAGUCCAGUACUUUUCAGCCAGUUGUGCACACUGGGAAGUUCUAUCAUCCAUCAUUUUUAUCGUGACAUAUUUAGUGAGACAAGAAAUUGCACUUACAUCACCUUCCUGUAAAAGUACAACUAUCAAACAGAAGAGACUUUCAAUACAUUUUCUAUAUUAAUGUGAAAAGUUUAAAUAAUUAAAAGGCAACAGCAAGAUGCCCAAAAUUGCAUACUUUACUAUUUAGUGGUUUUAAAAAAAUUUCCUUAGUAAAUCUGAUUAAAAACAUACAUCACAUCUGAAGAGAAUGUUAACAUCUAAGGCUUUAUAAGAUGACAGAUGUAAGAUCCAGAAGUUCCUUAAUUAUAUUUAUAGCUUAAAGAAACUGCAAAAUAAUUAAAGGAAUCUAAACCACAUUUCAGCUCCUGUUUGCUUACAGCUUUUCAUUAUUUUAUCAAUGAUUUUCAAAAGACUGACAAAGAGCAAACUGAGAUGAGUAAAGUUCAAGUCUUAUGCUUUCAAAUAAUUUAGGAGACUCUCUAGACUGCUUAACAUGUAAAUAUUUUAACAAGUUCUAGUUAACUGUAAGGCUGAUUUUUAAAGUGAUGCUGCUAAAAUUAAAUGUCAUUGGAGAAAUGCAUUUUAUAUUCAUACCAGUGCUAAAUGACUAUUCUCAUACUUAGUUAUUGUAGCAAAUAACAGUGGCAGGAUACCUAAUAUUUUGUGUGACACACUCAACUGGAACAGUUUUGGAUUACUUUUGUGUUCUAAUUAACUGUUCCUUUAAGAGUAAAACAUCACUUCAAGGACAGGUUAGGUUUUUUUUUUUUUUUUUUUUUUUUUUUAAUAAUGCUUUGCUCACUGGGAUAAAAAAAACAAAUGAGCAACCCACAUUUUUCAUCUUUCUAAAUUCACUGGAGCAGAGCCCUGGAUUGUCAGUGCGUUUUAUGAUCUCAGCUAAA